AUGCAUGAAGAAAAAGAUAAAACUGAAGCUAAUAUAGUAAUAUAUAAUAAUUGUUCACAAAAAUAUAGUAUUAAUACAUCAAUGGAAAUUUUAGCUGAACAUUUAAAUAAAAUACAUAAUUAUGAUAUUACUUUAAAACAAAGAAGAUAUUCAGUUCAAAAACCUUAUAGUAAAGAUGAUACUGUAUAUAUAGAAGAACAUGAAAGUUCUGUAUUAGAUUUCUUUAUUGGCAAUCAAAUUUCAUUCAAUAUUGUAGAAAAAGAACAAGAAACUGAACAACUAUUAGAAAAAGAAUUAGAUUUACACUUAUCUUUGCCUAUAUGUAUAGAUAAAAUGCAAGAAUUUAAUACUAUAGACAAAAUACAAGAAAUAAAUAAUGAUAUAGAAGAAGCAUAUCAUAUUAGUAAUAAUAUAAUACAAGAGAUUUAUAAUAAUUUAGCAUUAUUAUUAUAUGAUUCUGAAAUUGAAGAAUGUUCAAAAAAUAUAUUAGGCCUAGAAAUUAUUGAAAUUAUUAAUUCAUAUAAUGAUUCAAGUAAAAACUUAUAUUAUACUUUGCAAAAAAAAAAAAAAAUGACAAGCACAAUUUAA